GUGAGAAAUUGUUUAUCUUCCAUAUCCUUACUUCAGCAAAAAUGUCUUCAAAUAUUGGUAAAUCGAUUGUUGGUGCUUAUAGAAACCUCUACAGAGAAUUAAGCAAACUGCACCGAACAACAGCCAAAGCCCACAUCAAGGAAACCGAUAGAAAAUUGGACGCCAUGGUGAAAUAUAAGAAAAUACAGCUCAUUAGAGAAGGAAAAAAUAAACAAGAAAUCGACAAUGAAUUAAAUAGAUACAAGGAAAUUAGUGAGAGAAUGACAAGCAGAAAACGAAGAGUAAACAUAGCUCAAGAAAAGGGGGAAUUUUCAGGGUAUUUGGAAGACUUUAAAUUUUCAGAAGGCUCAGCACACAAGUUGAUUUACAACAUUUCAAUAUUUCUCAAAAACCAAAGAGUUUAUGAGGAAUUGAUUGAGAGAUAUAACCCCGGAAUAACCAUGUCACAAGAAGAGAAAGUGCAAAAGACAGCCAACAGAGUUGGUCUUCAGGUUCCCGAAUAGUUUGUAAAUAAUGAAACAGGCAGCUUACUGUUUAUAUAGAUAUAUAUAUAUAUAUAUGAUGAUUAUAUAAUGACUAACUGAUCUUUUUGAUUUGAUCUAUUGAUAUUUUUAUUUCUG